AUGUCUGAAUUUCUCAUCAAGGACGAGGACUUGGCCAGCCUCAAAGGCAAGGUUGUUGUCCUGACGGGCGGAUCGUCAGGCAUCGGUCUUGCAACUGUGAAGCUGCUGCUAUCAUUGGGAGCCUUGGUUGUCAGUGGUGAUAUCCAGCCGCCAGCCACGAAUGCGUCUGCCGAGACACCAGGCUUGCAGUACGUCCAAACAAAUGUGACUAGCUGGCCUGACUUGGCCAACCUGUUCAAGAAGGCAAAGGAGCAACACGGCCGUAUUGACCAUGUCUUUGCCAAUGCUGGCAUUGGUCCUCGGGCAAACUACCUGGAGCUGGAGACAGACGCAAACGGCGAGUUAAAGGAACCAAGUGCUGAGGUCUUGGACGUCAACUUGAAGUCGGUGGUCAACACGGCUUCUCUGGGCGUCCAUUAUUUGAAACAACAGCCCGAAGGUGGCAGUAUCGUGCUCAUGGGUUCGAGUACCGGCCUACAGCCGCUUCGAGCCCCCGACUACUCCACCGCCAAGCACGGCGUUCUAGGGUUCGGCAGAGGUUACGCACGACUUCUGGAAGUGGCAGGUCUACCUAUUCGCAUCAACACUCUCAUGCCGUCGUGGACGACGACCAAUGUCCUCCCGCAUAUGGACGACCUCAUGAAAGGGGCUGCUCACGAGGCGCAAUCCACUCUUGUUGUUGCGCGGGCAGUUGCGUCUAUGAUGACCGACUCAUCUAGGCAUGCCAACGUGAUUUAUGUCUCAGAUGGCAAGUACUCGGAAAUCGAAAAAUCAGUGCUCUGGCCGGCGUAUGAAAAGAUCAAAGGGGAGGGCAACCCUAGCGAUGAUGAGGUUCUGAGGCGUAUAUUGGCACUGGGCUGA